AUGACGUAUAAGGAAUACCGGCCUUUGGUAAAUUUCUUGAGCCGGAGCUUCAUCGAAGUGCCUACUGGUAAACAGACAUUUCGCAUGAAGCCUCAGUGUUCGAUAAAUUGUGAGAUCGAACUUUUCAAAGAUUUCAAGAAGAGCCUGGAAAUGCCAAAGAAUGGCAACAUGCAGCGACCUGAUGCUCAAAGUACUAAAAUCUCCAUAUUGGAAGAGAUUAAAGUUCUUCACGACAUAAAGAAUAUCUGUGACGAGCUCAAUAAUCUGAAAUCUCUUGUUGAGGCCCAGGAAGGAGUAUGGAAACAAGCCUUUGAAAUCGAGAAGCUAGAAAAUGGGGCACAUUUUGCCCACAAGCAUACGCUCGCUCUGUCGACAGUGAAAGCCCGGCUUGAAGCCAUGCUUCAUAAUGCUCAUGAAGUACAAACCUCAGCAUGUGGCUGUGAAGUCACUCUAAUUAAUAGACUGCUAGACUUGCGACAGAAGCAGGCCAGUCUCCAGGAAGCCGAAUCUGGACGAGAGCAAUCGAAAAAAGCGGCAGAACAGUCGAAAUCAGUCAUGGUUUUUAUCAUAGUGACCAUUGUCUUUGACUUCGAUGAUACCACAGGUGAUAGAUGUCAAUCUGAUGUACUUUUUAAGUCGGUGUUUCAGCUGCGGUCUCAAUUCCGUGUAUUAUUGUCGCAUUCAGUCAACUCACUGGAUGAUUUCUGGAAUAAUUCAGCAAAAUCCAAAGAUUUCGUCGGUCAACCUGGAACGUCUAUCGAAGAAUGGACAUCUUCUGGAGCAGAGUCGACCAGGCGAUGGAUGCCCUCUGCGAUGACUAGAGAGGCUGGUGGUUCAUUGAUAGAUGUAGAAGCACUGGCAGGAGAAGCCUUAGAUGGAUCGAAGACCAAGCCUCGUCAGUAA